UCGCAAUCUCACACUCGUCGUCGUCGUCGUCGUUGUGCACGCCCAUUCACAGACAUUAGCAGCACUGGCAGCAGCAGCAGCUGAAGCAGAGCUCUAGGGCCUUGAAACCACCAGCAGUCACGCAGAUCUUACUCAUCUUCGGAGCCAGUUGCGAGGGGCUGCAUUCGUCACGAGGUAGUAGAGCAAAAUGUUGAGUGUAGUGGGUGUGACGCCUCGUUGUGGAUUUUCCGCCACGACCGUCAGCUUCAGGAGGAGCGGGAAGAAUGCUAGGGAUAUUGUGCCGAGCUCGCAAAGUUUCUUCUCUGGGAGCGGCCACUUAGCGAUUGUAGGAUUUGGGGUGCAAAGUGAUAAUGGUGUGGAAUUGUGGACGGAGAGAACGAAUGUGAAGACAGGGAGCAUCCGAGGUGCGUUGUUUCCAUUUUUACAAAAGAAGAAGAAUAAAGAAGAGGUGAAGAAAGAGCUCCUGGAUGCCAUAGCUCCUUUGGAUAGAGGCGCGGAGGCGAGUGACGAAGAAAUUGAUCGUGUAGACAAGAUUGCUCGGGAACUGGAAGCUUUAAACCCAACGAAGGAGCCUCUUAAGUCGCCGCUUCUGAAUGGGAAAUGGAAAUUGAUUUACACAACUUCUGCUAGCAUUUUGAAGAAGAACCGACCUAACCUUCUGAGACCCAAUGGCGCCAUCUACCAGGCCAUUAAUGCAGACACGUUGAGAGCACAGAACUUACAAACGUGGCCCUUUUUCAACCAAGUCACAGCAAACUUAGAUCCUGUCAAUUCCAAGAAAGUAAUCGUGAACUUUGAUUUCUUCAAAAUUGCUGGAUUGAUUAGUGUUAAGGCUCCGGGGCGUGCUCGAGGAGAACUUGAGAUCACGUAUUUAGAUGAGGAAUUGCGUGUCUCACGGGGGGAUAAAGGAAAUUUGUUUGUGCUCAUCAUGGACGACCCCAGCUACAGAGUUCCUGUUUGAAUUUCAGGUCAACGAUUCCCCUCCACCCUUACACAUAGAUUGCAAGGUCCUAGAUUCUUGUAUUAUGACGUGCCAGCACUCUGUCAACUCACCCGCAAGAACGGAUGGUUCGGGUGAAGAGCCAAAUUCUGUAAAUUUUGUUUCAGUUUGUUCCGUUCUACCAGCGUGAAUAGGGUGUGAAAAUCUAGAGUUAGUGGUUUAUGUACAUCCGUGACCUUUGUAUUCACUGUGUUUCUUGAAGGAAGUAAAAUAGAGGAUUGAAUUCUGUUUGGGCACCAGACCAGCAUAAGCUUAACAUUGCCAAACAACAUGAAUGAGAGGGCUGUAUCGUCAUUGAAGUCAAUCACUCUUUAGGAAACUGUCCUACGACCCUUUUGACAAACAAAUAUCCAGUUUUAAAACUGGGACCCAACAUGAUGCUCAACAUGGGUGUGACGCCUUGUUGUGUAGAGCAACUGAAAGUGGCAAUUGUAAUCAAACUUGGCACAAUCUGGGAAUGACAUCUGUUUUCGACUUUGUAGUCGUACUGUUGAUCUUCGACACUUCUACUCUGAUGCACCUGUAGUGUAAUGCUUGAACAGCGACCAUUAUUCCCUAGAACGACGAACUUAUUCGUUAACCUAGAGUGAAGACUUCCAAGGUCAAGGAUUUGCUUCAAAUGGCGAGUCUUGGUAUUUGGAAAAGUACUCACGAAACAGGAUAAUUCACUUGAAAUUCUACCGAAUUUUACCUCUUUCGGUUCUGCUCAUAUUAAAGAACUAGACACCCAAUGAAAAUGAAUACGUGUGCCCCUGGCAUGAUGGAGUGCAGGGUCCAAUGAAAACCUCACCGUAACCGUCAAAAAAAUCGCAUCCCUAAGUGCCUCCCCCUUGGCCAUGAAGCGACUGAUUCUACAUGGAACACGUCCACAGCCUCACGGACCAAUUCCGCGUGGAACACGACGGUAGACUGGGCGACCAGCCCUAGUUCGACGCACAGUUCGGCUGAUGCGAAGCCCUAGCGCUCCCUCUAUAGCUUUUCGAGGCUUCUCCCCUCUCGUUUUCUUCCAUAUCUAUACAUCUCUCUGUGCGGCGCAGUCACGAUUUGGUGGUACUUGUCACAUUGACUCCUUUGCUUUUUGCUUCUGUGUGAUCUGUGUCGAGGUUUUUUUGUUCUCAGGAAAGAUGAUUUACGACGUGAACUCCGCUUUGUUCCGGUCCUUUUUGAGCCAGAAGGGCGCUGCGGACAAGCGCAAGCCUGAUAUUCAGCAGUCGGGCAACCAACAGCGGGCGCCCAAGGCGAACGAAAACAAGCCUGUAAUGAACGAGUGAUCGCCAACUCACAGUGGAUCCUUGUCUCCCUGAUGGCGAGGAGGCGGCGGAAGGAGUGAUCUGUUUUGAGCGUUCUGGAAAGAUGGAGAACUUACUCGGCAUCAUUAUUAGGGUUUCUCAUAGCCUUUUAACAAUGGAUGGUGGGGUAGGCUAGUGCUGCAGGCGGUCUUGCGAGAGAAAUACGUGUCUUGGUAUUUUGGUAUUGUCUUGCAGAAGAGCGGAGAUGAUGGGUGCUUCGUUCCUAAUUACGAAAUGUUCAUCUUGUCAGUAGCAGGGGUAUUCCAUGAUACUGGGUUGCACAUUGCAUACUGCCGACGGCAGAUGCUUCACCGGAAACAGUUGCUUCUUAGACGUUACUGUGGUAUUCAAUCAAGAGUAAUCCAUGGUCUCUUCCUGGAGUGGAAUAUAAUAACCUAUGGAGUUCUCCGCC